AUGGCGGACGUCGGCGAAGACACCACCCACGUUCAGGAGCCCCUCGACCUCGUCAAGCUCCUGCUCGAUGAGGUUGUUUUUGUCAAGCUCAGAGGCGACCGGGAACUCAAGGGCCGACUUCAUGCAUACGACAGCCAUUGCAACCUGGUGCUAGGAGAGGUGGAGGAGACGAUUUACGUGGUGGACGAGGAUGAGGAGGAUGAGGAGGUGAAGACGAUUAGCAGGAAGUCGGAGAUGCUGUUCGUUCGAGGCGAUAGCGUGGUGCUCAUCUCCCCGCACACAUCAUCAUAG